AUGAUGACCGGACGGCCGGGCCGAAGGCCCUUGGAGUUCCUGCCGGAUGAAGCGCGGAGCCUGCCCCCGCCCAAGCUGACGGACCCGCGGCUCGCCUACUUCGGCUUCUUGGGCUACUGCUCGGGCCUCCUGGAUAACGCGAUCCGGCAGAGGCCGGUGCUGACCGCCGGUGUGCAUCGCCAGCUUCUAUAUAUUACUUCCUUUUUUUUUGUUGGAUAUUACCUUCUAAAACGUCAAGACUAUAUGUAUGCUGUGAAGGACCAUGAUAUGUUUGCAUAUAUAAAAUCACAUCCAGAGGAUUUUCCUGAAGAAGAUAAGAAAACGUAUGGUGAGAAAUUUGAAAAAUUCUACCCAGUGCGUUGA